AUGACAGUUUUUUUGAGGUUUGAUGACAAGAGUGGGAAAGUGGAGGAGCGUUUGUUGGGCAUUUCUCAUGUUAUUGAUACUUGUGCCCAAUCACUGAAGGAUGCUAUUGAUGCAAUGUUUUCUACAUAUGGAUUGAGCAUAUCUAGUUUGAGAGGUCAAUGUUAUGAUGGAUCAAGUAAUAUGUUAGGUGAAUUCAAUAGCUUAAAAGCUUUAAUUUUAAGAGAAAAUUCAUAUGCUAUAUAUAUCCAUUGUUUUGCUCACCAGCUUCAAUUGGCGGUUGUUACUGUGGCACGUACGGAUCAUAUGCUUGGUGAUUUUUUUAACAUGCUUGCUAUUAUUGUAAAUUUGGUUGGUGCAUCAUGUAAGUGUGUAGAUGCUCUUCGAGCAAGUUAUCAUGCCGAUAUUCUGGAGAAACUUAAUAUUGGGGAACUUACUGAUGGAACUGGUCAGUUUCAAGAAAUGCGUUUAGCAUGCCCAGGUGAAACUAGAUGGGGCUCAUAUCUACUGACAAUUACUCGCUUUAUUAGUAUGUUUAAUGCCGUCAUAGAUGUUCUUGAGAAUAUAUCAGAAGAUGGCAUAAAUAUAGCUCAAAAAUCAAUGGCCGUAAGACAGAUGAACACUAUGCAAGAUUUUGAGUUUGUGUUCAGUGACUUCAGUCCCCACUUUAUGUUUGAAAUUCUUGCAAUUACAAACAACCUUUCACAAGCCAUACAAAAAAAGGAUCAAGAUAUUCAGAAUGCUAUGAGGUUAUUGAAGUUGUGUAAGUACUCAUUGCAGAAUAUGAGAGACAAUGGUUGGGAUACAUUGUUGAGUAAGGUGAUUGAGUUUUGUAUUGAUAGACAUAUUUCAGUGCCCAAUAUGGAAGAUAUUGUAGUAUUGAAAGACUCAAUCUUGCAAGAAUUGAAUAAUCGUUUUUCAGAAACAACUAUUGAGCGCUUUGAUUGCAUUUCGUGUUUAAGUCCAAGAGAUUCAUUUGCAGCUUUUGAUCAGGCUAAAUUGGUUUUGAUAUUACUUGUGGCAAUUGCAAGUAUUGAAAGUGUAUUCUCCACUGUGAAUUUAAUCAAGAGUGACUUGCACAACAAAAUGGGAGAUCACUCGUUGAAUGACCAUUUGGUAGUUUAUGUGGAGAAAGAUCUUUUUAAAAAUGUUGAGAAUGAGGCAAUAAUGCAAUGUUUUCAAAAUAUGAGACCUCGUAGAAUUCAGUUGUCUGAGUUUACAGUUACAGAGUAA